UCUAGCUAGUAAAUAAGCAUGGCUCGGAGAUACCAAAUUCCGUGGGAUGCCAAAUUCCAAAGGACACGGCCUCGCAAGCCAAGCCUUCCUCCGCGCUCACUGUGACAGUAACACCGGUCUAGUGACCGCGUGUCGACACCCCUCCACACAUGCACUUUGUAACCCGGAUUGUAACAUUUGCAACUGUUGUGCUCGAUGGAACUUGAUGAUCUUCUGUCGCGCAAAGUCAGUUCCAACGACCAAGCGACUAAUUCGACCGAAGCCGAAACGGCAUUCACAAACGCAUUGUACUCUGAACUGACGAGAAACUUUCAAAGUGAAACGGUAAACGAAGAAGAAGAUGAGUUGACAAAGUCUCUGCUGCGUGCAGUGACGUCACAAAACAGCAAUCGAGCCGAGGCGGUAAAAGAGAUACUCGAGAAAGGUGCCGAUCCCAACAAACGGUACGGCGGCAAGAAGAGGACUGCAAUGCAUGAGGUACUACGUCGCUAUCAGCCAGACAGUCCGGUCGACGACGAAAACGUCGCCGAAGAUUUGCAGGUCAUGCAGUUGCUCCUCUUGUACGGCGGUAACGUGAAUGUGAAAGACUGGCAAGGAAACACAUCUGUACAUCAGGCUAUUGUAUCUAACGUACCGACCGACAUUUGUCGCGUUUUGUUUGCAAAGUCGUCUGAAGAUGUGUUUGCAGAUGAAGAGUUCAAGCGUCUGUAUUUGAAUCAUGCUAUAAAGGACGUCAAUCUAGAGACGUAUCGCCGAAAUCUGGUGGAGAGACGAGUCUGGUCUUGGCCACCGGACAACCGAUGGUUCUGUACCAUCUUGUGUCACGUGAUAGCGACCCGACCCGAUUGGGCCGCUUUCUUGCAGAGCACCAUAGAAGAGACACCGCUGGACUUUUCUGGCAUCGUCGACAAUUUGCUGGCAUUUGCAGCGACUUACGGAAGUUCAGAAUCGGUGAAGUUUUUGCUCGACAAUGGUGCAAAUCCGAACGCUGACGUCAAAUGUCCUGUUUUGUUGGAGGCUGCUAUUUGUGCGAGAGACGCUAAAGCAAAAAUCAAGCUCUUGCUAAAUAGAGGGGCGGUUCCUCUUGCAGGAUCGUUCAGCAAUAGUGAUCCGUCGAGCUCAUUGUGCGGUGCUCCAUCUAGAAACUCGGCCGACGACGCUAGAAUUAUAGCGAUGAGUUUCGCAGGAAGCAACACUGUCGAUGCUCAGCUUUUCCAUAGGGAUUACGAAUUUUUAUCUCCACUGGCUGCGGAAGGAACCAAGUUGAUCAUGGCGUCGGCAAGACCGUUGCAAAUGGCUCUUCGCUUGAGUCGCUUGUAUAAGAAAAUGACUGACAUCGAUUACUUCAAUCGAGAAGAGUGUCAGGAAAUGGCAGACAAAUUUGAGACAGUAGCUGUGGACAUGAUGGAGAACGCAUCACUCACCGAUGCUCGUACGGCUCUAGAAAAGGAUAUACUUGAAGGAAGCGUAAGAAAUCAGCAGAAAAUAUUCAUUUCUAACUCUGUAGUGCAGAGAGCAGUUACGGACGUCUGGUAUGGUUCUAGGCAGCAUUUCAGUUGGCUAGAGUUGUUAAAAUCGUUACUGCUGUUUGUGGUUCACGUUCUGAUGUACUCCCUAGCCGCUCCAUUCGUUUGGGUAUUAACUCCUCUGCACAGGAACAAUACGUCUGGGACUGCAAGUUCUUUUGUAAGGGUACUGAAAAGGUUGUUCAUCUCGUUUCCUACGACACCGAUGGCUAUCCUACCGUAUAUUGCUCAUAGUAUAUCAUUGAUUCUUUUUGUUGUACUCAUGGUCGUCGUCAUUCACAAAGGAAGCUCCAUGUCACACUUUACUUCUACAGAAGCAAUUAUGUGUCUCUUUCUUUUUGGAUCAGUCGAGACAGAGAUUUGUCAGCUGAGACGUCUAAAACGAAAGCGUUACUUUAAUUUUGAUAGCUUUAAAAAGUGGAUGGACAUUGCAGUCGUCAAUUUACUGACAAUCUACUUUCUUCUUCGACUUGUCGUCGUCGCAUCCGACGGUCAUCAUCAGUACCGGUCUCAUUUGCAGCGAGCAGCGGUUCAUCUUCUAGGAUUUAUCGGUCUCAUCGCAUGUGUUCGCAUUAUGACGUUUUGGCAAGCUCACUCCAUACUCGGUCCGAUUCAGAUAUCGUUCCGUCGCGUCGCUAUCGACGUCGCGAAGUUUCUCGUCAUUCUCGCCGUGUUCUUGUUCGGUUUUUCAGUUUGUGUUGCAGCUAUUUAUUCGUCUUACAACUUCUACGCUCACGACACUUUGAAUUCGGCUGAAACCAACAGUUCCGGCGAAGUCAAUGAAACGAUGAAAGGACAGGUACCUCCAUCCGUCGAUGGGGUAUUUAAUUGUCUUCAGUCGUUGUUUUGGGGUUUGUUUGGCGUAAUCGAUCUCGAAGAGUUCGAAAUAACGGGAACGCAAACGACUCCAGCUGAGACAAUAAUUGGCACGUUUAUGUUAGCUAUAUGGAUGGUCGCGGCAGUCAUUGCACUAACAAAUCUGUUGAUUGCUCUUAUAUCUACGUCAUUUGAAAACGUACAGGAAAAUGCCGAUCAAGAAUGGAAGUAUGCACGAGCGAAUAUUGUAUUUGCUGGAUUUGUUCAACUUAUUCCUGUGCCGUUCAACAUAUUGUCUAUACCGAGACGAUACGCUUGUUCUCCGUCAAAGAGUAAACAUCAACAUGUUUGCAACUUCGAUGUCAAUUUUCUUACAAAGAUCACGUGGGCAAAUAACCAACUAGUUGAACAACUUCAACGCCAUUAUCGGAAACAAAUAUCGGAAGAUACAGCUAAGAAAGGCGAUGUCGAAGAGCUAACCUCUACUAUAAACAAUGUCGUGUCAGGAAUAAACACGAGCAAAGAAUGUUGUCAAGUAGACAGGAAGUCGAUUGAUAACGACUUGAUGUUGACGAUGCAAUGCAUCAGAGAAGAUUUCCGUCGACUAGAGAAGCAUUUGAGCGAUCGCCUGACGGAUCUCGAGUGUCAACUGGCUGCAUUGGUUACAAGAAUUUCUACUGACAAACCAGACUAACGUACAUUGUGUCUGUCAUUAAAGUAUAUAAUUCUUGCUAAUGAGUUUGUACUUUAAAAUCUCAUUGAAUGCAAUGACGAGACGCUUAGAUUUUUGUGUUAGUUAAAAAAUCGAUAAUUUCUUGCAAGACUAUGAAGUAGCAAAAGAGCCAGUCUACUAGCUGUCAAACUUUUACUAAUAUAUUAAUUUAGUGGCUCUCUG